CCCCGUCCUCUGUAUUCCCAGGACUGUCCAGAGGAGACGGUCCCAGAGAACCCUCAGAUGACAAAUCAGGGGGAAGAUCUGACUGAUAUUAAAGUGGAGAAUGAAGAAGAGAGGUUGAUGAGUGAGCCCCUAUGUAAGAGUGAGGUGGAGGAGGAUAUUCCUGGAGAUGUCACUACAGGAAAUCCCAGUAGGAAUUCUGAAGGAAACUUCAUGUUAUCACUAAAUUAUAAUGAAGAUGAAGAUAUCAUGCAGCGCUCUUCAGGAGAAAACCUUAAUGCACAUCCAGGACUUCAGACUACAGAUCUAUUAUAUAAUCCCCUUAAUCAUCAAGAACCUUUUCCUGACCAAUCACAGAUUGUUACCACAACUAAAGGUCAGAAAGGGGCUAAAGGGUUUCACUGUGUUAAAGAGUUCACAAAAAUCUCAAGUCAUUCUACAGACAGAGGAUUUCACACAAGGGAGAAGCCAUACUCCUGUUCAGAAUGUGGGAAAUGUUUUACUGAUAAAUCAAAUCUUGUUGUACAUGAAAGAAUUCACACAGGAGAGAAACCAUAUUCAUGUUCAGAAUGUGGAAAAUGUUUUACAUAUAAAUCAGUUCUUGUUGGACAUAAGAGAACUCACACAGGAGAGAAACCAUAUUCGUGCUCAGAAUGCGGCAAACAAUUUACACAGAAAUCAGAUCUUGUUACACAUGAGAGAAUUCACACAGGAAAGAAACCAUAUUCAUGUCCAGAAUGUGGAAAAUGUUUUACAGAUAAAUCAAAUCUUGUUGCACAUAAGAGAAGGCACACAGGAGAGAAGCCAUAUUCAUGUUCAGAAUGUGGGAAAUAUUUUACUGAUAAAUCAAAGUUUGUUAGACAUAAAAGAAAUCACACAGGAGAGAAGCCAUAUUCAUGUUCAGAAUGUGGAAAAUGUUUUACAGAAAAGUCAGCUGUUGCUAGACAUGAGAGAAUUCACACAGGAGAGAAACCAUAUUCAUGUUCAGAAUGUGGAAAAUGUUUUACAUAUAAAUCAGUUCUUGUUGGACAUAAGAGAACUCACACAGGAGAGAAACCAUAUUCGUGCUCAGAAUGCGGCAAACAAUUUACACAGAAAUCAGAUCUUGUUACACAUGAAAGAAUUCACACAGGAGAAAAACCAUAUUCAUGUCCAGAAUGUGGAAAAUGUUUUACAGAUAAAUCAAAUCUUGUUGCACAUAAGAGAAGGCACACAGGAGAAAAACCGUAUUCAUGUUCAGAAUGUGGGAAAUGUUUUGCAGAUAAAUCAAAUCUUGUUAUACAUGAAAGAAGUCACACAGGAGAGAAACCAUAUUCAUGUUCAGAAUGUGGGAAAUGUUUUACAAGGAAUUCACAUCUUGUUAAACAUGAGAGAAUUCAUAGAGGAGAGAGGCCAUAUUCAUGUUUAAAAACUGGGAAAUGUUUUACAGAAAAGUCACAUCUUGUUACACAUGCGAUAAGUGACACAGGAGAGAAGCUGUAUUAAUGUUUAAAAUGUGGGGAAUGUUUUACAGAUGGAUCUUGUUAGAUAUGCGACAAAUCACAUAGGAAAGAAAACAAAUUCAUGUUUAGAAUGAGGUAAAUGUACAGAUAAAUGUACAGAUAUUUUUAGACAUGACAAGACAUGACCUGCAACCAAACAUCCAAGUGUUGUUUUUUUUUUUUUUUGUGACCUUCAUAGUAUAUCACAUUGUCAAAUCAUUUUUUAGUAUCUUUAUUGAUUAAUUUUUAUGAGCAAAAUUAAAAAAUAAACCAUUUAAUUAUCAACAAU